AUGAACCCAUUAAGGGGAGGUCUUUCCAUCUUCCCUGUGCAGAUUAUCUUCUACGAAGACAGGAACUACCAGGGCCGUCAGUAUGAGUGCAGCAGUGACUGUGCUGAGCUGCAAAACCACUUUGUCCGCUGUAACUCCAUAAAGGUGGAGAGUGGCUGUUGGGUGGCCUAUGAAAAGCCAAAUUAUGCUGGUUACCAGUACAUGCUGCACAAGGGCGAAUACCCUGACUAUCAGCGUUGGGCUGGUUUCAACGACUGCAUCCGCUCCUGCAGAAUGGUGCCCCCCUAUCGCGGGAACUACAGGAUGAAGAUCUUUGAGCGCUCCGACUUUGCGGGCCAGAAUAUGGAGGUGAUGGAGGACUGCCCAGAUCUCAAAGAGCUUUUCCACACCCGCGACAUCUCCUCUGUCAACGUCAUGGAGGGCUACUGGAUACUCCAUGAGCACCCCAACUACAGUGGGCGCCAGUAUUUCCUGCGUCCCGGCGAGUACAGGAGGCACAGCGAGUGGGGAAGCGCCACCCCAACCAUCGGUUCUCUUAGACGUGUCACUGAGGUCAAUUAA